UUGGUCACCCGCGUCUUCCCGCGCUUCGAGCAGUUGCGUUGCUUUUACUUCAUUGGCUGCAUGUGGUUUUUCUUCUUUGCUCUGAUUGGUUGUGGUGACUUCUUUUGUUUUGGUUUUACGACAGCUUAUUGACAUGCGCUAUAACAAGGCGUACAUCAACAAUAUUGGAUCAUUUGCAUUUCGUUCAAACGUCGCUGCCUAUAAUGGCUUAACUGUAAUGAGCUUAUUUGUAUUGUAACUAGUUAAUAUCAGUCUUAACGCCCGCAGAUCGAGUUUAUUCAAACAAAACACUAAAUCACAUUUUCACUUUAUCGCAUAAUCUGCUCUUGGCGUCAAAUAGAAGUGUUUUUACACUGAAUUUAAAAUGCAUGAGGUGAUGUUUUAUAUACUGCUAACAAUGGAAACGAACAACUCCAUAAACAGUCUAUUAUUUAAGAAGGACUUUACACUUCAGAAUAUUACGUCAUGUAACGGUUACGCUUUGCUUCAGCGGAAGCGCUUUCAGCUACAAUAACACUUCACUGAAUUUGCUACUAAUUUAUUUUUCGAAUGGCAAGAUAUGACAGUCUUACAGUCUAGUUUUAAUUAAAAGUAUUCUAUGCAUUGUCUCUAAGGCUUCCUGGCGUAUUCUCUACAAAGAAAUUGGCAACCGGAAUAUAACACCUUUUUCAUUUUGCGUACAGCUUUCCGUGUUCGUUCUCAAAUACAACCACUUUGCGAUGGCACUCAAAUGAUUAAAAAAAGCAAAUGGAAAACCGGAGAAACAAAACAAAACAGAAGGGUUUUAUGCACGACAUAGAAAUAUUUGUGUUACAAUAACAAUGAUUAAACGGAAAGAAAACGUUAAGGGGUUGCGUGGUAUUAACAUUAUUUUGUGAGCUGUUCUUUACUUUUCAAGCAAUAAUUUUGUGAACUUAGCUUGAAUGUAAGCUAUUUCAGAGACGGAAAUAUAAAAUAUUAACGGAGUGUUUCAGUUUCCAUAACGAUGAUUUAUUUAGCCAGCGUUGGCUAGCAGGUGUUUAUUGAGCUAAAUUGAUGCAUGGAAAUUACCAAAAUGAAAAUUGUUUUACAUUUAUUUUUGCCUUUGUUCCUUUGUUACCUGUGAUUCGUCAGUUGCAAAUAGGUUUCUUGUCAGGUCGGAGCACUGAAGCUUAAACUAGGAGGAAAAAAAAGGGCGAACUGAUUAGAAAUCUUUUGGAAGGAGGUUAUUUAGCCUGCUAAGAUGUUAAACGGGAAAACAACUGCUGCUGAAAAGGACGGAACUGUAAAAGUUGUUGUUCAGAUGAUCUUGUUUACCUUUAUUAUAAUUGCUACAUUUGUAGGCAACGGUUUAAUCUGUAUUUCUGUGGUGAAAUUCCGCCAUCUGAGAACAAACACGAAUUUCAUCUUGCUUAGCUUAGCGCUGACUGAUUUGACAAUGGUAACAAUAAUGAUUCUUAACGCUACAACCACCGCCAUCGGAAAGUGGAUUUUUGGCGAGUUUUGCUGUCGUGCGAUCGCCUCUGUUGGUCUCACGUUGUCGUUUAUUUCAAUUCUUCAUAUGUGUUUGCUGAGCGUUGAUCGCUAUAUCGCCAUCCAGAAACCACUUCGUUAUCAAUUUAUAGUUACAAGAAGAAGAGUGCUAACAAUUUUGUUGCUAAUUUGGAUGUCAGUGAGUGUCACUCUGAACAUACCACUAGCUGACUUCGAGUUCCGCGCAGACACUUAUGGGUGCACAAGUGACUCCAACCGUGACUCCAGUGAAGAUUCCGUGUAUAUUUUCUUCCUUGUGGGACUAUUUAUCAUUUUUCCAUUUGGAAUAAUUUUCUUCUCCAACGUUGUUGUCUUUAAAACCGCCUUCACACAAGCAAGGCAGCUGAGCAGAGUUGAACGAAGCCUGCGCGAAUCAUCCGCAAACAUGUGUGAAGAAAGCGAGCCACAACACUCAACGAGAACUGUCGAAACACACUCUUUGAAGCGGGAAAUAAAAUCAGCCGGGACUUUCGCCUUGGUUGUUGGAAUAUUUCUGCUCUGUUAUACGCCAUUUUACACGGCUGGAACAUACAGAAAAAUUGCUGGACCUCUGAAGGUUCCUCGUAAUGUGCUAGUAACGACAAUGUGGGUUGGGUUUGCCAAUUCGUUUUGCAACCCAAUUGUCUAUGGAUUGAGGUAUUCACCAUUUCGGAAGGCCUUCAAAAAAUUAUGCCCCUUAAAAUCAAAAGGGAAUAGGAAAAGAAAUUACAGUUAUAAUUCUUCAAGUGAUCGGCGCGAUCGAUUUGGAACGGUUUUGUCAACUAGUUCUGCUCUGUAAUUUUAAAUUCUCUGUCGAGUCGUAAAAUAGCUGUUUUUCUCUUUUUUAAGGUUCGAUUUAGAUCUCGCAUUUUCUCAAGUAGCAGGUGCAAGGUCAGAAUUUGUUUCGUUUAUUAGCAAGUCUCAAGUUGACAACGUCAAAAUGAAAACGAAACUAUUUUAUCUACAAUGACAAAACGUUAAGCUGGUAGAGUAGGAAGUAACAGGCUUGUAUCUUGUACACAAAAAAUCGUUUCUUGUACCUUGAAUUUAAAAGAGCUAACAGCAUAUAAUUUCAUUGUAAAAUUGAUAUUCUGUACGUAUUAAUUUAGUUUGUAAAAUGUAGAUCGGUUGCGGUCUCAGAUUAAGAAAGAUUAUUGCCAAGUAAUUUGAAUUUGAAUCAAUGGGAAAUGUAUUUAUUCUAAGCUUCUUACAUCUGACAGCUGUUUCAUCGUCAACUCUUAUUACAGUGCUGACAAAAUGCCGUUUUUUACAGUUUAUUUAUUUGAUACUGGGCGGUCAGUCUGACCACGUAGCGUUAAGGGAAAUUUUUCCUGGAAAAACUCAAGCAAGCUGAAUAAAGUUAUAAACGAGGAGACGGCUUUUAAGUUCGUCACAGCAUGGGAAGAAUCAUAUGACGUCAUUACAAGACAGCUGAGCAUCAGACAAUAUACAUUCAUGAAAAAAGGGUCGCUAUUCAAGUGGAAAACAGCACGGAGCUGAAUAUAUUUUAUCAGUUCAAGCUGUGAAAGUGCAUUUACUGAAAACAUUCAUUGAAGAAUUACUCAAAAAGUAAAUGAUUUUCAUGUAUGUUUUCAAUUCACGAAAGUCAAUUUGCAUAAUUAUUUGGGCGAAAACUAUUCAAUGGAAACUAACUUAUGAGCAAAUUAUUAUUUUUCUGAGUUUCAAUGCCUCGCGUUUAAUAAUUGAUAUUCUGAAAUGGGAGUGAAAUGGGGAAAAGACAUGCUAAGCUAUGGUGGAUAAAAAAAAAUUUUCUAUAAUCCUUGUGGUCGCAAGCCAUCUGAUUUUAGAACUCUUUCGAUCGUAAAAUUACCGAGCAAAAAAUUGUUUUGGUAAGAAAUAAUUUAAAACAUAAAUUUAAUUAUUAACGAGUUGACGAUUUCUGAAUUCAGCUAACGACCUUUUGUUGACAUUGCAAGAUAAUUAUCUCAAUCAAACAGAAUGUGUGAACAUC